UAGGAAGAAGAAAUCUUGAUUGUUCCUCUUCAACCACAGUGUAUUUUGUCCUAUGUUUGGAAUGUAAAACAAAGCAGCCUACCAUGUCACCCUUACCUUAUAUAUGUAGUUAGACGUGCGUAUUCUACAUAUUCUCUGUUUGGCUUGCACCUAGUCAAAGUGACAGGAAACAACAUUAGAGUGAUGAGAAAUGAGGAGAUCAAUGACCACAACAGAUUCAUCUCCAUCAUCACCACCAUUAUCAAUUACUUCAUCAAUUGACAGCAGCAGCCAUUACCAAACUAACUCAUCCAUGGAAACCUCAUCACUCCUCCCCACUCAUCUCACCCUUGGCCUCAGCGUUUCAGGGCCCAACUUCUCUCAGAGGCAACAAGGUUCGGCUGAUUGGCCACCGAUCAAGACACUUCUUCGCAGAGCACUGGCAAAUAACAGUCCAGGCUCGCCAUCAUCGUCGUCGUCUUCAUCAUCGUGUAGGCAACUGAGGCAAACUGUGGAUAACACGAGUGGUGACAAUAGUUUGUUUGUGAAGGUUAAAAUGGAAGGCAUCAAAAUUGGUCGAAAAAUCGAUGUGUUAGCUCUUCAUGGAUAUCCACACUUGAUCACCACUCUGGAGAAUAUGUUCUCCACUCCCAAUAUUCUCUGGGCUGAAGGGGAACAAUAUUGUCAUCAUAAGAAAUAUUAUAAUGUGUUAACAUAUGAAGAUCAAGAUGGAGACUGGAUGAUGGUCGGGGAUGUUCCUUGGGAGAUGUUCUUGACCACAGUGAAGAGGCUGAAGAUUACGCGCACACCCAGUCCCAGUGGCUGAUUUGUGUAUCAGGAGGAUGGAGAAACCAAAGAUUUUGUCCAAAUCUUGUCUGUGUAUAUCAUUAUGUAGACUAUAUGUAGAAGAUAUCUUAAAGUUUAGUUCAACUGAGAAAUUUUACAAUUUUUGCUAGUUCA